AUGACAGCGGUAAUGUCACAACCUAGUGGCAGCUCAGAGGCGAUCGCGCCGCAACCUUUCAAGUCAAAAUGGGCGUCGCGGUAUAGAGGGGCCGUAGUAUCUGAUCUAGACCCGCCAGCUGCCCUCUCCCUGAACCCCUCAGACCCAAUCGGGCUCGCGCUGCAAGAGGCCUUUGAGCGCGAGUACACGCAUCUGACCAUCGUCGACGGCACCACGCGCGCGCUGCUCGGCUACAUCUCCAUACCGCACCUGCAGCAGCAGAUCGAGUCGGGUCGCGCCAAGCCCGAGGACGAGAUCCGGACAGCCAUGACGUCCUUCCAGCGCAAGGGGAGGAAGUACACGGCCAUAACGCCAGACACACCGCUCGAGGAGCUCGAGGCCUUCUUCGAGGGCGCACACCACGGCGGCCAGAAACAGGACUUUGCCGUGGUCACCGACGACCGGAGGAGGUUUGUGCUGGGGGUGGCUACAGCUGCGGACUUGGAGGAGUUUGUGAAGAGGAGGCCGGAGUAG